GGCUUGAUGAAGAAUAUUCUAGCUUCGCCGCCUUCGUUCCCUCUCUCCACAUUGACUCACUGAGUCGUGCUACGUGUCAGGAAGCGCCUGGCCUAUUACGGGAGCUCCACAAAGUCCCACCGAGCGCCCUACCAGCCGCUCAGUCACAGGACGCGACCUGAAAGCAGCGGGAAGCCGGUCACCCCGCAGUCCCGGCUCCGCCCCUCCUGACCGGGGGGGCCACUCCAGUUCCUCCCAACGCCACCUCCCUCUGAGGCGGCUCUAGGCGGAGGGAGAUCCCAAUGCCGGAGGCCCGCCGCCCUCUCCAGCUUCGAGCCUCCCACUUUGUAACAGCCCAGAAGCCGGAGUCUCAUGCCAAGCUAAUGUCCUGCUCCGCCUUAGUUUCGGGAACCUCCCGGAAAGCUUUCUGACUGGAGCCUCGGUGAGACGGCGCUCGAUUGAUUCGGCCUGCCUCCACAGCCAGAGGAGACAGCUUCACCACGGCACCUCCACGGCCGGAGCGAGACCUCACUGCGCACGCGCAGUAGACAGCCCAGGGACCCACCAAUGGAGCGUUCCGGAGGGGAGCGAGAGCCCGGAGCCGUCAGGCUCCUGGACCUGCCCUGGGAAGACGUGCUGGUCCCUCACAUCCUGACCCGGGUCCCGCUGCGCCAGCUGCUCCAGCUGCAGCGCGUCAGCCGGGCAUUCCGGGCGCUGGUCCAGCUGCACCUGGCGGGGCUGCGCCGCUUCGACGCCGCCCAGGUGGGUCCGGAGAUCUCGCGGGUCGCCCUGGCCUGGAUGCUGCGAGACGCCCAGGGGCUGCAGGAGCUGGCGCUGGCGCCGUGUCACGAUUGGCUGUCGGACCAGGACCUGGUGCCGCUGCUGGCGCGGAAUCCGCAGCUGCGGAGUGUGGCGCUGGCCAGCUGCGUCCAUCUGAGUCGCCGGGCGCUGGGGGCGCUGGCCGAGGGCUGCCCUCGCCUGCAGCGUCUGUCGCUCGCACACUGUGACUGGGUGGACGGGCUGGCACUGCGUGGCCUUGUCGACCGCUGCCCGGCCCUGGAGGAGCUGGACCUCACCGCCUGCCGCCAGCUCAAGGACGAGGCCAUAGUUUACCUGGCGCAGAGGCGCGGGGCCGGCCUCCGCAGCCUGUCUCUGGCGGUGAACGCCAACGUAGGGGACACCGCAGUCCAGGAGUUGGCCAGGAACUGCCCGCAGCUUGAGCACCUCGACCUCACUGGUUGCCUCCGCGUGGGAAACGAUGGCGUCAGGACUCUGGCUGAGUACUGCCCGGCGCUGCGCUCGCUGCGGGUGCGGCACUGCCACCACGUGACCGAUUCCAGCCUGAGCCGCUUGCGGAAGCGCGGUGUGGACAUCGACGUGCAGCUGCAGCUGCACCAGGCCCUAGUGCUGCUGCAGGACAUGGCGAGCUUCGCGCCCUUUGUCAACCUGCAGGUCUGAGCUGCCUGCUGCUGGAGCACAGCUGGACUGUGUGGCUGGGACCUGAUGCCAAGCUGUAGGGACAUUAACUGGGGGGGAGGGUCUCUGUGUGAGGCGGGGGCCCAGCCCUACCCUAGAGGUUCAAAUAAAGAUCAUUUAUCCGCCUCUU